AUGUCGUCCGGCGCAGGCCGCGAACCAGUCUUCCCCACCCGCCAAUCCCUCGGCGCAAUGAAGUCCAAACUCAAAGGCGCCCAAACCGGGCACGACCUCCUCAAACGCAAGUCCGAAGCCCUCACCAAACGCUUCCGUGAAAUCACCAAGCGCAUCGACGAAGCCAAGCGCAAAAUGGGGCGCGUCAUGCAGAUCGCCGCUUUCUCUUUGGCCGAAGUCACGUACGCGACGGGGAACGAUGGGAUCAAGUACCAGAUUACCGAGUCGGUAAGGCAGGCGAAGUUUAGGGUUAGGACGAGGCAGGAGAAUGUGAGCGGUGUGUUUUUGCCGCAGUUUGAGAGUUUUCAGAUGGAGGGGAGUAGUGAGUUUGGGAUGACGGGAUUGGGGAAGGGUGGCCAGCAGGUCGCGAGGAGUAGGGAGACGUAUACGAGGGCUGUGGAGACGCUGGUGGAGUUGGCGAGUUUGCAGACGGCGUUUGUGAUUUUGGAUGAGGUGAUUAAGGUGGUGAACAGGAGAGUGAACGCUAUUGAGCACGUCAUCAUCCCCCGAACGGAGAACACGAUCAAGUACAUCAACAGCGAGCUCGACGAGCUAGAUCGAGAGGAGUUUUUCCGGCUCAAGAAGGUCAAGAAUGUCAAGGAGAGGGCGGCGGCUGCGGAGGAGGCGGAGAGGCAGCAGAGGAAGCGGAGAGAGAGCGAUAAGGAGAAUCAAACAGAUGGCGCCGACUCGGGGCAGGGCAAUGAGAGUGGUGGCAAGAACGUGCUUGGGGAUGAGGGGGAUGAGGAUCUGAUAUUCUAA